CCGCGCAGUCACUUUGCAUCAUCCGGAAGUGUUUUGUCUCGAACUCGCACGCCUCGAAAACAUACGCUGUCAGGUUUCCAUUGCCAGGAGCUCGUCAACUAUCAGGCGAACCCAUUUAGCCCACAAGUCUUGGUCGCAAAAGAUCAAUCACCUCUACCUGCUGUGUCUGGCUCCGUUUUGCGAUGGAAUCCCCGCAUAUCACUGGACAAAGCGACUCUGAAAAGCUCUCUUCUUCGCCAGAACCUGGCUCGAGCAACUGCAGAAUGCGACCCAAACGCAGCAAUCACAAUGAAUUGGAGCGCAAACGUCGGCUGUAUCAGCGUGGGAAGCUGGAGGAAUUGCGCGACUCGAUCCCAUCUUUGUCCUCGAGAGACAAGCCGAGCACAGUGGUGAUUAUGGAAGCAGCAAAGCAAUACAUCGACCAGCUGAAAGCCCGCAUCUGUCAACUGGAGGCCGAGCGCGAACGUUUGCACGGCGGUGCAGCCGGACCCGGUCAUCCGCUAAUAGGUGGAUUCGGAAUGGGCGCUAAACCAUAUCCGGUGAUUGAUCGGGAAGCCGACCCACUGAUCGCAAGACUGCAAAAGCAGAAUGCGGAAUUGAAGGCACAUGUGAUGUCAUUGCAGCAGCAUUUAGGGCAACAGCAACCGCACAUACAGCAGGCGCAACAGCAACACAUUAUGGCACAUGGCCCUUCUUAUGGGCAACAUGUGGGAUUGAUAUACCCGCAGGCAACUGCAAUCGACCAACAGCAAUCGCACAUGCACCCUUUCCACCAACAGUCAUUGCAUUACCAACAACAACAACAACAACAACAGCAGCAGCAGCAGCAGCAUCUGCAGCAACAAACCCAACAAGUACUUCCAACCCAUAUUAGAACGACCUCCCUGAACUCCGCCACAGACUUCCGAUCCUCCAGCUCACCACUCAGCGCGAGACCGACUCCUCCGAACCAAUCGGGCUCAUCAGGCGAGAUUGAUUCGCCAAGGGAACCGCCGUCCAUAAAUACCAGCUUCAACCAACAAGACCUUGCCCGGCCGCAGUCCUUCCCCACCAUCGCCUUGGCCGCAGAGAAGCAUGAGAGCUUGGUGGCAACAACCAUGGUCGCUUCUCCGGUCGCAACCCCACGAAUGUGGCCAGUCGUUGAUCCCUCACCGUCGAGAGGACAAGACGAACAGUCAGAACGUGGCAAACCGCCUUCCUCGCCUGCCACACAGUUCGGUCAAGAGGAAGGGACAGGCUCAGCCGGAGGACCACCGCCUGUGUUCCACAAAUUAUACCAUCAACAGCUAUUUGUUGCGCAACAACAGCAGGCCGCGGUCAUCAAAGCAGAAGGCUCACCAAACAUGCCAUCCCGCAGUCCGAACUCCGCAACCGGCAUGAGUGUUGCUCCCAAUGCGACACCGAACCAGAGUGGUAACAGCAGUGAUCACCGGCUGUCAUCGCAGUCGUUUCCUGUUCCGCAGCAUCUCUACGGUCGACAACGAGUAGACUCGCGCGGUUCACCCCACCAAACCCACGGUAGUCUGCGUCAACCACAGCAAUCACCCAUGGGCCAGGCGAACCAUCAUACCAUCAUCGGGAAUGCGUCGUACAGUACAGGUGCGCAAAGCUCGGGACAAGCCAUUCCGGGCACGUACAUGAUGGCGCAGCAACAACAGCACCAACAACAGCAGGAGCAGGCAAGGCAGCAAAAUCAGCAGCAGCAACAGUCGUACGUUUUGCAACAAUAUGCUCUUCCGCCGCCGCCGGCUUCGUCAGGCCCUUCGCAGUGAGGAUGUGGAGGUGACGUGAGGGGCUGGAAUG